CUGUGCGCGGCGGCGGCGCUCUAUGAUCGCCAGGUGUGGCUGCCUCCGUGCACGGCCCCUCCAGCCCCGACGUGUCCGCGGCUCUGCGCAUGCGCGGGAGGCGGCCGUGCCAUAGCAACCGGAGCGUUAACGGUAGCAACGGCGAUGGCAAAAGCAACAACUAUCAAAGAAGCUCUAGCCAAAUGGGAAGAAAAAAAUGGCCAGAAGGCUUCAGAGGCAAAAGAGGUGAAACUGUAUGGCCAGAUUCCUCCUGUAGAGAAGAUGGAUGAAUCUCUCUCCACUCUUGUUAACUGCGAGAAGCUUUCGUUGUCUACAAACUGCAUUGAAAGAAUUGCCAACUUGAACAGCCUAAAAAAUUUGAGAAUUCUGUCUUUGGGAAGAAAUAACAUUAAGAACUUGAAUGGAUUGGAAGCGGUUGGAGAUACGUUAGAAGAGUUGUGGAUCUCAUACAACUUCAUCGAGAAACUGAGGGGUAUCCGUGUAAUGAAGAAGCUGAAGGUUCUAUAUAUGUCAAAUAAUUUGGUGAAAGACUGGGAGUUUGCGAGACUGGCAGAGCUGCCAUUAUUAGAGGAUCUGGUGUUUGUAGGCAAUCCACUGCAAGAGAAAUACGCCUCUGAUCAGAAGAACAAUUGGAUUGAAGAAGCAAGCAAACGGGUGCCCAAGCUGAAAAAGCUUGAUGGUAUCCUAGUUAUUAAACAAGAAGAAGAUGAAGAAGGAGGAAACUGAUGAGACUUUUGUGUUGGGUAUUUAAUAAUUUAAGUAUCUCCAGAUUGCUCAGCACAUAGAACUUUUAUAUAAAUGUUUGUUUUGAAGAAAAUCUUUGGGCAAUUUUUAAAAGACCAGUUUAUCUCCACAGUCUCUUACCCAAAGAGUUAUGUACCAAAAUUCAGGCACACCAAUUUUGUCAAGCUUCUGACACCUUCCGCAGAGACCAGUGGAGUUGUGUUCAUCUGCUGUUUGGUUAGUGAGAGACCCUUACCUGAACUAAUACCUAGCUAUUCUUAAUUCCUGAUUAGUGGUGCUUAUCGUUCGCUCUUGUGUUAUAACAGAGCAAUUUUAGUUUGUUAGAUGCAGCUGGCCAACAUUCAGUUGAAACACUGAGGCUCAAGGAACAAUGUUACAUUUUAGAACUAUGUUACAGACUUUGUUGUGUUUAAUUCUGUCAUACUUAAUAUUUUAAGUAUGUGAAUUUGCCUUCUCAUCCCUUUAAGUAUUAUGCCAAAUAGGCCCAGAAGUUGUGGAUGUACGCACAAGAAAGGUGAUGGGCUCAUGAUCUCUUGUUAUGGACUUUAAGUUUUGAAUUGGGCUUCUUGCAUUGGAACUCUUAACUUCAUUGCUUAGAAGGCCAUGUAUAACUUAUAUGAUUUUAUUUAUUUUAAAGAGGCAAUGGGAAUUCUUUGCAUGGUUUCAGUGAGACUAAAAUAUCUGCUGGCUUUUUUUGUCUCUUUUUUUUAUAAAUUAUUUUGGUUGGAAUAUGUAGACUGUUAGCCUACAGCUGGUUCCUGUUCCUAGACUUGUUUUGGCUCACUGAUGGACAUGAUCCUUCUCAGCUCUGGAAUUUUCCUGUAACUAAGUAGGCUGAUACUAACUCAGAAACAAACAGUGAACAAAAGACCUGGGCUUGAGAUUUAAAAUUUUGGGUUUGGGAUACUCAUUUUUUUUCUAAAGCACAGAUGUAAGCAGUGAGUGAAAUGUGUACGUGGUUACUGAGGAAGGUGAGACAAGGUGGGAAACGGGUACUGGAAAAUAAGUAUUGAUGAUGUGCUAAAUGUGCUCUAUUGCACGUUAAUCAUUUUCAGUAAAACUCCUUAUAUGGGAAAAGCAUUAAAUAGUGCUAAAGACAGACAUAAUUGCACUGUUGGAUGCAAAUAAUUUUCCCCCCUCUCCACUUCCUUUAGAAAAUAGAUCAAGUCAUCUAAGUAGAUUUUUUGGCAGCUUGUUUUGAUUGUUUUUAAGCUUUUCUUCUAAUUCGUGGCAUUAUCUUUGUUUAAACUAGAAUGGCAACAAGUGUGCUUGCACUUUUUAGAACAGACAUGUAAGGGAUGAAGGCAGAAUGCCACUUUUAAUUUGUUCAUGAAAGACUGGCAGGGGUUGAUAUCCUGGAAGUCACGGUCAGGGAUAAAAGGGUGGAAUUGGCCCAGCCUACAGCAGUACUGAUCUCAAGCUCCAGGCGUAAUUUUAGUAGAAGAUAAUUCUAUUGCUCAUCAGUAUCUAAGUGAAGGGUGGGCAGUAGAAGAUUACAGGGAAAUCAGAGCCUAGUUUCAUUGUAUCUUUUCUUGCUGUUCUUUGAUUUUUGGAGGCAUUCUUAAGCAUUCCAACUUAAACUGGCAAGUACAAGUAAGACUCGAGUUUGAUUUAGAUCCAUUUCUUAAAAUAAGGUCAGAAGAGCAAUGGCAAAAGCUGAUGACGUUCCUCACCUAGCACAAACCGUUUCCAGACCACUGCUCUGGUGAUCAGAAGGUGUUUCUUAGUUAACGACAUCACUGGAUUUAUUUGACAGACUUUGUAUGCUCAUGUAAUUUCUUCUAGUAUUAUGCUUUACCAUUAGGGAAGGCAUCAUUGACUAAGAAGCACGAAGGGAGAGAAUGUAUAUAGUGAACAACCAUUUCACGUUGGCCUCUUAAAACCAAUUCAGUUCACUUGCAGCCAAGCACCUUUGGAAAAGUGGAUGUGAUUUGAAAGAGUACCUAGCUUAUGGGACACGUGGCCUUUACUGACUCCAGCUUUUGUGUUAGGGCAAUAGGGGAUAGGUUUGGGCUCUUGCCUACAGUAACUAAAGUGUGCUUAUCAUGAGAACUUCUGAAUAUGAAAUUGGCUUUUCUAUUUGUUGCUAAUAUGUGUGUGGAGCUGUUUUCAGAAUGGAAUAUGCAGUACUUGUGGCAUGGAGCUUGGCCAAGAGGCAAUGCAUUCAAAUCCCUGUACCAAUUUGUACAGUUAUGGUACAUAUAACUUAAUUAGCUCCUCAAAAGAAAAAAGAGAGAGAUGAGAAUGUGGUCCAAUGCUACAUAAUCCUACUAGUUCAUUUUUUAAUAUCUAAGUAUGGUCUAAGCCUGUACAUUUAUGAAGGCAGCGUUAGAUACAGCAAAGACUACUCUGACUAUUUUGGGACAGUCUGAGAGCAGAAUAGAGUCUUACAGUGUUCUAGGUGGUGAUAGCUCCAUUGUCAAGACUUGAGGAACACAAAAGAGCAGUUCCUGGCUCUUGCAGGUGACAAGCUGAGGCUCCAUGGAUUAAUUACCAUUAAUCAGUCCAGCAGUAACUAUUGCAGUUGUUUGUUGGCAGAGCUGUGUAUUGCAUGCGCCUAUUGGCAUCAGCUCUUUUCUCAGUUUAACAGCACAAAUUCUCUCUUUUUUUGUGACUGCAUUAUACAUACAAAAAUAAAAACAAUCAUUACUGAAGGGAACAGGGCAUCCAAUCUCAGCACAAUUGUAGCAGCAGUAAAGUACACUUAAAAGCUUUUCCUUUGUCCUUCACCCUCCAUACUGCAGAACCUUUGCAUCUAAGUUAACCCUUUUCUGAGUUUUAGCACUGUGUUGCUAUACAUGAUGAAUCAUGGUUACUGUCUAGAACAAAUCAAAAUCCCAUGAAAAUCCCAAAAAUCCCCAGAUAAAUCAAGUUUUAAUAAAUUUCUAAAAUUUGCACUUUAAAGUUAUGCACUGGAUGUGGUGAAAGACUCGCAGAUGACAGAAUUAAAGCAGCUGAUUUGCAUGCUGAUGGAGCUGCACUGUGUCAUUGAUACUCUAACAGAGAUCAGACUGCGUGCCCACGAGUGGCUGAGCAGCAGAGUAAGAUGCUGAAAGAAUUCUUUCUCUGUUAUUCUUUGUGCCUCCACAUCUCACCACAUCUAAUAACGUCCUAAGCACAUUAUUAUUCAUGGAUGAGAAGAGCACCCAUGUAAAACUUGCAAGCCAUGUGGAAUUCUGCUUUUCCCACAGAAAUCAUGGAGGAUUAGCAUCCACUUAAUUACAUAGAGAAAUAUCCUACAAUUGAAUUAGAGAUAGAAAAUAGGUAUUUUACUUGCUUGUUAGCACAUUGACCUCUCUUCAAAGAGCUGAUGUAUGCAGUGGUUAUAUUUCAAAUGGCUGGAAAAAUGUGAGAGGAGACCUGAGAAUCAGCAGCUGAUUCAGAUUACAACAGAAGUAGACCCAUCUGGGAAAAUCUUCAAGCAAGAGAGCACUUUUAACAUCUACUUUUGAUUACCUUUUGUAUACUGUAAUUUUGUAGCAUGACCAAACUGUUAAAGUUGCUGUGAUUAAAUUAUUUAGGCCUAUGUUUAUAAAUGAUCUUCUGUGAAACUUGUUUAAAAAUAACAGAAUGUUAUUUUAUUAAAAAAAAAAAGUCUUUGGCUAUUGUGUAAUGGAAUAGCUCAGCUUCUGGUGAGCUUUCAGAAAUGAAUUUUUGUUCUCAUUAACUUUUCCUAGCUGCUCAGGGAGCAAUGUAUUUAUAGUAUGGAAAUGCUGUCCCUUAUUGCCUCUAUAUUUUAGAAUAGAAAAUAAUGUAGGCUUUACAAAUGUUGAUCUAAUUGUGAUUGCUGUUAUCUGAUACAUAAAUAUUUUUCAAUCUUUUAA